GGCGUCAAAAAGAGGCUGUCGAAAUUCUAGGCCAUUUUGUAACCAUUCGUAACCGGCGCAGUACUUCAGUUACAAUACACAUUGAAAUAAAAUCAAAAUGUUUGCGAAGUUUAUGAACAAGAAGUUCUUUCAUCCUGGAUCCUAUCCUAACAUAAAGCGAAGAUGGAUGGCAGAACAGAGAACUUUAGCAAAAGAAAAAAAGGAACAAGAAAUGCGAGAGACUUACGAGAAAGAACAACAAAAUUAUCAACACAAAAUGUUACUUGCAAAAAAGGACGAGGAUAAAAUAAAGCUCGGACUUAAUUUCAUGUAUGAUUUACCACCGGGUAUGAAGAAAGAUUGCGAGAAUGAUGGUACCGGAAAAGAUGAGGAAGAAGUAAAAUUUGAAUGGCAGAAAAACGCCCCGAGAGCGAAGUACGCAAAUAAACUUGGCCUAGACGUUCACGACCAACCCUUUGGCGUUUGUGUUCGAAACGUGAAGUGCUUUAAGUGUGGAAAAUGGGGUCACCAAAAUGUCGACAAAGAAUGUCCAAAGUAUAACGAAAAUACUUCGGAAUCAAAAUCUGCACUUAACAGUCUUUGCUUAAGUGAUCCAUUGAGAUUAAUUUCAGAUAUGCGAAAGGAACAUGGCCUAACUCUUAGAAAGAGUGUAAUUGGUACUGAGAUUGAUCCAAUGGCAGAGAAUCAACAGAUACUUGAUUCAGAUGAUGAAAUGGGAGACCCUGAAGCAGAAAUUGAGUAUAUUAACUCAUUAACUGAUAAACAAAAAAGAAAAUUGCUGAGGAAACUUGAAAAACUAGAAAGGAAGAAAAACAAAAGACUGAGAACAAAAGACAGUAAUCAUACAAAGAUGGAUAAGAAGUCAAGAAAGAGGAAAGUUUCCACAUGUAAAAGUUCAAGUGAAGACGAAUGGGAAGAGAAAUAUACUGGAAAAAGUGUUAAAGAAGAACAUUUUACAAGUGCAGGACAGGAUGUUGUUAGAAAAAGACAUAAUUGUGAAAGAAAAAGAAGAAAACAAAGGGAUACAGAAAUGGAACUUGCUCAAAUGAGUUCUAACAGGGAAAGCAAAUCAAAGAAAAGAAAAAUCCACAAAACAAAACAAUAGUUUCAAGAUUUUUGUAAAAAUUAGAAAUAAAUAAUGUAUAUAUCUUUUGAAUUUUGUCAAGGCUUAUAAGUGAUUCUGUUAUUCAUCUGUGUAUACAGCCUUAAUAAAUGGUUUAUUUCUUCUGUGCUC